AGGCGCUCCCGUCGUCUGUCUACUUAUUGACAAAAAGUGAUUAGUUGUCUGCGAGACGAUACAAGUGGGGAUUUCGCCGAAAAUUGUGACUUACGUGGCGUGACUACAUCAAACAAACAAAUUUGUGUGAGAAGUAUUAGUUUCGAUUUCCAAAAUGACGGAUUCUAAAUACUUCACGACAACCAAAAAAGGUGAAAUAUUCGAGUUAAAAUCAGAACUUCAGAAUGAAAAGAAAGAGAAGAAAAAGGAAGCCGUAAAGAAGGUCAUCGCAAGCAUGACAGUCGGCAAAGAUGUGUCGGCGCUCUUUCCAGAUGUUGUCAACUGUAUGCAAACUGACAAUUUGGAGUUGAAGAAAUUGGUUUAUCUGUAUCUGAUGAACUACGCUAAAUCACAGCCGGACAUGGCUAUUAUGGCUGUGAACACUUUCGUCAAGGAAUUGCCCUCUUCUCAACUUGUAAAGGAUUGUGAAGACUCGAAUCCAUUGAUAAGAGCAUUGGCCGUCCGUACAAUGGGAUGUAUCCGCGUUGACAAAAUCACCGAAUACCUUUGUGAGCCGUUGAGAAAAUGCUUGAAGGAUGAAGAUCCGUACGUGAGGAAAACUGCAGCAGUUUGCGUUGCUAAGUUAUAUGAUAUAUCGUCUUCAAUGGUGGAAGAUCAAGGCUUCCUCGAUCAACUUAAAGAUCUUCUGUCCGAUUCCAAUCCGAUGGUAGUAGCGAACGCCGUUGCAGCUCUAAGCGAAAUUAAUGAAGCAAGUCAAUCAGGACAUCCAUUGGUUGAAAUGAAUUCAGUGACAAUCAAUAAACUAUUGACUGCCUUAAACGAAUGCACAGAAUGGGGCCAAGUAUUCAUUCUAGAUUCAUUGGCAAAUUAUAGUCCGAAAGAUGAACGUGAAGCACAAUCGAUUUGUGAACGUAUUACUCCACGCUUGGCUCAUGCAAAUGCAGCUGUUGUUUUAAGUGCUGUAAAAGUACUUAUGAAGUUGUUAGAAAUGCUUUCAAGCGACAGUGAUUUCUGCGCUACUUUGACUAAGAAACUCGCACCACCGUUGGUCACACUUCUUUCGUCCGAACCAGAAGUUCAAUAUGUUGCUUUGCGUAACAUUAACUUGAUCGUUCAGAAGCGUCCUGAUAUUCUUAAGCACGAAAUGAAAGUAUUCUUUGUGAAAUAUAAUGACCCUAUCUACGUGAAAUUGGAAAAACUUGACAUCAUGAUUCGUUUGGCAAACCAAAGCAAUAUUGCCCAAGUUCUAAGUGAGUUGAAGGAAUAUGCAACUGAAGUUGAUGUGGACUUUGUCCGAAAGGCAGUUCGGGCAAUUGGUCGGUGUGCCAUCAAAGUCGAACCAUCAGCCGAACGAUGCGUAUCAACGCUUCUUGAUUUAAUUCAAACCAAAGUCAACUAUGUAGUGCAAGAAGCUAUCGUUGUCAUCAAAGACAUUUUCCGAAAAUACCCUAACAAAUAUGAAAGCAUUAUCAGCACUCUUUGUGAGAAUUUGGAUACACUUGACGAACCAGAAGCUCGUGCUUCAAUGGUAUGGAUUAUUGGAGAAUAUGCUGAACGUAUCGAUAACGCGGACGAGCUUCUAGAUAGUUUCUUGGAAGGAUUCCAAGAUGAAAACGCACAAGUCCAGCUUCAGUUACUAACAGCUGUUGUAAAACUAUUUUUGAAAAGACCAGCAGAUACUCAAGAACUCGUCCAACAUGUCCUGUCACUUGCAACCCAAGACUCUGACAAUCCAGAUUUGCGUGACCGUGGUUUCAUAUACUGGCGUCUGUUGUCUACGGAUCCGGCAGCUGCAAAAGAAGUUGUUUUGGCAGAUAAACCUUUGAUUUCUGAAGAAACUGAUUUGCUCGAACCAACAUUAUUGAAUGAAUUGAUUUGUCACAUAAGUUCACUGGCCAGUGUUUAUCAUAAGCCGCCGACAGCAUUUGUUGAGGGUAGAGCAGCUGGUGUACGAAAGUCUCUUCCAAAUCGUGUUGGUACUUCAGAGGAACACAAUGCAACUACUACUGCUGCUGAAGCAACUGUUAUUCCAAAUCAAGAAUCUCUUAUUGGCGAUUUGUUGUCGAUGGAUAUUGGUGCACCUGCCCCUGCUCCCCCAGCGGCACCAACUAGCAAUGUUGAUUUGUUGGGAGGCGGAUUGGAUGUUUUGCUUGGCGGACCCGCCGAAGUUCCUGCUAGUGGUGGCGCGACCGGUCUAUUGGGUGACAUCUUUGGAUUAACUGCCCCAGUCUCAACAAUGAUACAAAUCCCGAAAAUUACCUGGCUACCGGCCGAAAAGGGCAAAGGUUUGGAAAUCCAAGGAACAUUUUCUCGCCGCAGUGGUCAAGUUUAUAUGGAUAUGACCUUCACUAAUAAAGCAAUGCAAGCAAUGAGCGCUUUCGCAAUUCAACUAAAUAAAAACAGCUUUGGUAUUGUCCCGGCGGCACCGCUUCAAGUAGCGCCAUUGCAACCUUCACAAAGUACUGAAGUAUCUCUUCAAUUGGGAAUCACGGGCCCCGUACAACGAAUGGAACCGUUAAAUAAUCUUCAGGUUGCCAUCAAGAAUAAUGUUGAUAUUUUCUACUUUGCAUGUUUGAUCCAUGCAAACGCCCUAUUUACUGAAGACGGACAACUGGAUAAAAGAGUAUUCUUGACGACCUGGAAAGAAAUCCCAGCUGCCAAUGAAAUGCAGUACAGUUUGAAUGGAAUCGUGGGAACAGCCGAUAGUAUCGCCGCAAAGAUGACGGCGAAUAACGUGUUUACGAUUGCUAAGCGCAACGUAGAAGGACAAGAUAUGCUUUAUCAAUCAUUGAAACUAACUAAUAACAUUUGGGUCCUGCUUGAAUUGAAAGUGCAGCCAGGAAAUCCUGAUGCAACUCUUAGUCUGAAAACGCGAUCUGUCGAAGUAGCUCCUAUGAUUUUCACUGCUUACGAAGCUAUAAUUCGUUCACCAUAAGAAAGCUAAGACCAUCGUUAACUUUUAUAUAAAUAGUUCACAAUUUGGCUGCACUUUGCUCCUAUCGCAUAUUAAUAUUGUAUUACGAACAUGUUACAACUUUUUGUUUUUCUUUUGAUAAAAUUUAUUUCAUUGUUUUUAUAUACAUUACGUUACAUUAAAUACAUUCAGGAAACAUACAUAGAAAAUUGGUAAUGAAACUUGCUGAGCAUAUCCACAAAUUGGUCUGCAACGGCGACGACUUUUAAAAAUUAUUUAAAUCAAUUGGAAACAAAUGGAAUAUAAUUAUAAAAAUAAUGAUAAUUACUCUAUAAGACACAAGUAAUAAUAAAGUAUGUUAUCGAUAUACAUAAAUACAGGUUAAUAUGAAACAA